GUCUUUAUUUUCCUUUCCCCUUUUGGUUUUUGGGUUUUUAGAUUGUUUUCGGAACAAUUAUACAAUCAAUUUUUUGCGGUGUUUUUAUCUUCACUACAAAAUCUCAUCUUUCUUUACUGAUAUUUAUCAUUAUUUGCAAACUAUGUGCCAAAUUACUUUCUGAAUAUGCCAAAUUUUGUGUCAAUUUUCUUUACUUGUUUGAUUUUUUUCUUUGAUAAUGUCUGUGAAUGAAUUGAUAAAAUUCAAAUGUGAGAAAUGCCCGGGUAGCUGAAACUAACAGCUGGGUUUUUAUGGUUUGUUGAUUUUAUUUAUUCCUUUGUUUUAAAUUAUAAAUAUGUUAGCAUUGUCCAUUGUUUUGUUGAAGUAUGAUCUUGGGUUGUGAUUUGAUAUUGGUCUUUAUAGAUUUAUCUUGUGUAUUUUAUGUUUCCAUAGAUUAUUAAAUGUUGCAGGCAAUGCUUUAAUAUACUGUUGAAAUUGGGUAGUGGUUAUUUUGAGUGUUGAUUAUUGUAAAAAGCUUGAAUGUGAUGUGAAAGAGAGACUAGAUGCAUACUACCUCUUUUUAGUUUUAGUAAAGAAGUGUUAAAUGAUCAAUACUUACUGGGGGGAGAUAUGGAAUGAAAUUUCUAUGUUUUUUUUUACAUGUAUUUGGUUUGAUUCCUUUGUAGAACUGUUUUAAUAUAUUUAGAGGAUUUGUAAAGUGCUAACUUGAAAUUAUGUUGCAAGAAUUGGAAUGAGAUUGAAGGGAUCGAGGGGAACUUGAUAUCUAUACAACAACGAUGCCAAAUCCGUAAUUCCAAAGUAUUCCUAGACAAGCUAACCUCCUAUGUAUUUUAUUUCCUUGGCCAACACAUGCCUUUAGUAGUUUCCAAUUUAUGUAGGAAUGCCCCAAAAUGAUUCAAUAUGUAUCAUAAUUGUGUUAAUAUGGUUCUAGUAGUAGUAGAAUAAUUUAGUAGAAUCAUGUUAAGAGUUUGUGUUUUGGAGAUUGGUAGUAGGAGCAACAAUGUAAUGAAUCUUUAUUCCUCUUCGCUUUUAUAGCUGUACCAAAUCUUCAUUUCCCUUAUGAUAUUGUUGCUUUGAUGGGUUAACAUAACAUCUUAAUCAGAUGGUCUAGGGGUUAAACAUUGUUAUGUUCUGCUAAGUUGGGAUGUUUAAUGAGGAGGAGCAUGCUAUAGAAAUCCUAUGAGAUUGGAAGUAUAAGCAACGAUGUAUUGAGAGGAGGAGAGUUCAAUGCCACAUCAUAGGAAUGUAGGAUAUAAAAAGCGGUUGUGUUUUUGAGAUUUGUAUUAGUGCAAAUAUUUAUUUCCCAUAUGACGAGAAUUGUUGCCUUGCUGAUUUAGCAUACCAAUUAGCAUAUCAAUCAAAUCAAAUGGUCUUGAGGUCAAAGAUUGUUACGCCUUGUUAUAAUAGAAAGGUUAGUGAAGAGGAAAUUUCAAUGGCAAAAUUAUAUUCUAUAUGAAAAAUGGGGACAUGUCAUGGAGGAGAAUAAAAUGUAAUAUGACGGUUCUAUGAAAAGAACUAUGCCAUCUUCUAUCUCACUACUAUGAUAUUAUUUUUUCUUAUUUAUUAUCUGUCAUUACUAUUGCACUAUUAGUUCUCUAAUUCUACUCUAUACUAUACUUGCAUAUGUUUGUCCCAUCUGUUUUUAGUUACCUUAUCAAUUAAGGGAUGCAAUUUUAAUCAUAUCCCUACAUAGUUCAUAUAACUACGGACUAUAGUAAUCUCUAUUGAUUUGCCUUAUGCAACAAUUAUGAGGAUAUUGGGGUUGGUUUAUAGAUCAAUAACGAUAAAGUCAAAUGCUUAUAACAACAACUACACCAAACAUAGUCUUUUUGAUUUUGGCCAUUGACAUUUUGUAGGGUAGGAAAAAUAGUUUAUUAUUUAUUAAAAUAGUUUCAGGAUUAGAUUAAUUGAUCUAUUUUUUGUUUUAUUGGUUAGCACCUACAUGCCGCUGGAAGCAAAUUCUAGGGAAGACUACGGUACCCUAAGACACAAGUUGCAUAUGAUGUAUAUGUCCUUACAUAUUGGUCGGUUUUAAGCUUAGUGUUAUUUUUUUUACAGGUUUGAAGAAUUCUUCUAUGGACAUUUUAAGUUACUGAGCGUAGAAACUGAUUCAAGUGCAUAAAAAUAUUCUGUCCUUUCUGAAAGGAUGAUAAACUGACAGACGCAAAUGGAGAAUUUCAAGUUGACAUAUGCACAACACCACAUUUCUACUUACAUUCAAUCAUUAUUAACCUAAUAAAGUCAUAUUGCCUUUCUUGUACUAGAUUUCUGUAUAUUCCUGAUUGGAAAUCAUAUGUUUCUAAUUGCUUUGAAAUCUAGAUUUCUGACUCAAACAUCAGUAUGAUUGACAAUAGCAACUCAAUUUGGAUCGAAUCAAAGUUGAGUUUUUGGUAGUGAUUGGCAAGAAAGCAAGGAAUGUUGGCGGCAGUGUUGCGAGGAGGUGAGGCAUCAUUGCAUACUAGCUUGAGAUCCUGGAGGGCUAUCUCAUCUUUAGCGAAUAAUGGAAGUUAUCAGAUACUACAAUCACCACCUCUUCUCUCCCUUGAUAUGCUUGAUGACUGGACUCACUCAGUUGACCAAGAUCAUCAGGAAAAGGUUUCUAUUCCAGAUCAAUCUAACCAUUUCACCGCUACUUUGAUUGAUGGGAAGGCAAUUGCUGAAGAGAUUCGACGGGAGAUAGCUAAUGAAGUGAACUGCAUGAAGUCGUCAAUUGGAAAAACUCCAGGUCUAGCUGUAAUUCUAGUGGGUGACAGAAGGGAUUGCCAAAUUUAUGUCAGAAAUAAGAUUUUAGCCUGUGAAGAAGCUGGAAUCAGAUCAGAAGUUAAAGAAUUACCAGAAUCUUGCUCAGAAGAUGAAAUUCUCAGUGCUUUAACGAGCUUCAAUGAAGAUCCUGAAAUCCAUGGUAUUCUUUUGCAGCUUCCUCUUCCGGAGCAUUUUCAUGAGGGGAGAAUAUUGAGUAUGCUUCCAUUGGAAAAGGAUGUAGAUGGUUUUCAUCCACUAAAUAUGGGGAACCUAGCCUUGAGAGGAAGGGAGCCACUAUUUAUUCCAUGCACUCCCAAAGGUUGCAUUGAGUUGUUACUUCGAUCCGGCGUCGAGAUUAUGGGAAAAAGGGCUGUGGUGAUUGGGAGAAGCAACAUUGUAGGAUUACCGACAUCAUUACUUUUGCAGAGAUAUCAUGCCACUGUUACUGUUCUAAAUGCAUUAACCAAAAAUCCUGAGACAAUUGCACGUGAGGCUGAUAUUGUCAUUGCUGCCGUUGGUAUGCCAAAUUUAGUUCGUGGAAGCUGGCUCAAACCUGGUGCUGUAGUUAUCGAUGUCGGGACUUAUCCAAUCGAGGACCCAAGCUCACAUCAAGGCUAUCGGCUCCUUGGAGAUGUAUGCUACGGAGAAGCAGUGAAGGUGGCAUCUGCAAUCACCCCUGUUCCCGGAGGUGUGGGGCCUAUGACGGUCGCUAUGCUUCUGCUGAACACGCUGGAAUCUGCCAAGCGUAUGUAUUGUAUCAGCUGAUGUAGGUAUACUAGCCUUAGAUCAGUAUUUUGGGUAAAAGACUUCUUGUUUAUGUAUUAUUAUCUGUAAGAUCUUGAUGUUUCUCCGCAUUGCUUUGCAUACCUGAGAACAUUUAGGAGUAUUUCUUUAGUUUUUGAGUA